AUGUUCAAGAAAAAUAAGAUUCGUAAAAUUCGAAGCAAUAAAUCAGUGAACUUACCCAUAUCAAAUUUACCAGUUUGUAGUAAUGAAUCGAAAAUAAUCAAUCAUAGAAAAUGUGUACCUGGUGAAACUCCUUUGUCUGUUGCAUCAUUUCCACCAAAUUCAAUGCCAUCUAUAACCAGUUCAUCUUUUAUUCCUACUAAUUCCACAUCGUCCUCUUCAUUGUAUAUGGAAAACUUAUCAGUAAGGAUUUGGGAAUUAUAUAGUAGUACAAGACAAAGUCCUUUAAAAUAUGAAAAGAAAAUUCGUCUACUUAAUGCUUUACAUAUGGUUGUAUCAGGAGUGUUCGAAAAUGCUGGCCUGUAUAUUGUUGGCUCUUCAAUAAAUGGUUUCGGUUCAAAUCAAAGUGAUAUGGAUAUGUGUUUACUUGUAACAUCACGCGAUUUACAUCAGAAAAAUGAAGCUACUUUUAUAUUAAGUCGACUUUUACAAUCUUUAAGAAAAUGUCGUUUCCUUUCUAAUUUCACAUUAAUUCGUGCUAAAGUUCCAAUUAUCAAAUUUCGUGAUAGAUAUACCGGUAUUGAUUGUGAUUUAAAUGUAAAUAAUGUAAUUGGAUUAUAUAAUACAUAUUUAUUAGCUAUGUAUGCAAAAAUUGAUUGGCGUGUUAGACCAUUGGGAAUUUUCAUUAAACAUUGGGCUCAAUGUUUGGAUAUUCAUGAUGCUCAACGUGGUCGUCUAUCCACCUAUUGUUUACUUCUAAUGCUUAUUCAUUAUCUUCAAACUGCUUGUAUUCCACCGAUUCUACCUAAUUUGCAAGAAAAAUUUCCAAAAUUAUUUAAUUACACUAUACAACCAUAUGAAUUAGAUAUGAAUAUAGAACUUCCAUGGAAUGAAUUACAAUCAAAUAAUUCUAAUAGUUUAGCUGAAUUAUUUAUUGGAUUUAUUCAUUAUUAUACAAAUCAAUUUGAUUUUAAUAAAUGGGCUAUUUCAAUUCGUCAUAAUACAACACCAUUUAUGAAAAAUAUAGCCAUUAAACAUUUACCACCAUAUGAACAAGGUUAUAUUGGACGAAAUUGUAAAAUUUUUAUUGAAGAACCAUUCUCUCAAACAAAUGCUGCACGAUCAAUACAUUCUGAUAAUAUUGUAUCAUAUAUUAGACAAGCAUUUAUUAAAACAAAUGAAAUUCUAUCUAAUCAAUAUCCUUUAGAAUCAAUUAUGAAUAUGAGAAACAAUUGA